ACUGGAGAGGCAGAGAGGAGUGACCGCAGAGGCAGCAGGGUGGGCGGGCUGGCCCAUGGCUGAGGCCUCGUUCUCAAAGCUGGGGGGAGAUGCCGGAGCCACGCCUUGCCCCAGCAUCCUGGAGCUGGAGGAGCUCCUGAGGGCAGGGAAAGCUUCUAGCAGCCGCGUGGAUGAAGUUUGGCCCAACCUUUUCAUAGGAGAUGCAGCUGGUCCUUACUGCCUGCCGUGGGGCUCUGCCGCUUUGCCACCCUGGCACUGGCCCUGCUGGUGUUGCUGGAGUCUCUGGCCCAGGUGGACACCCAGAAGAUGACAAGAUCCCAGCGUGGGGUCCACCCUAGAGCCUGCUACUCUAUCUGCUUCCUCCCACUGCCUGCACCCUUUCUUAGCCACUGUCUUCAGUCCCCGCAGAAACAGCAUCAAGUGUGCAGAGACCAGUGGCUGGAAGCCGGCAGCACAAACUGCUUGUCAGAGAAGAUCACAGACUGCACUGGAUACCCCCACAGGAUGGAUUCACUGCAGAAGGAGGACCUACGAAGGCCCAAGAUCCACGGGGCCGCCCGGACGUCCCCACACCAGCCACCCACACUGGCUUCGCUGCAGCGCUUGCUGUUGGUCCGUCGGGCUGCCACGCUGAAUCACAUCAACGAGGUCUGGCCCAACCUCUUCCUGGGAGAUGCGUAUGCAGCCCGGGACAAGAGCAAGCUGAUUCAACUGGGCAUCACCCACGUUGUGAAUGCCGCUGCAGGCAAGUUUCAGGUGGACACAGGUGCCAAGUUCUACCGUGGAAUGCCCUUGGAGUACUACGGCAUCGAGGCUGAUGACAACCCCUUCUUCGAUCUUAGUGUCUACUUUCUGCCUGUUGCUCGCUUCAUCCGAGCGGCCCUCAGUGCUCCCCAAGGCCGCGUGCUGGUACACUGCGCCAUGGGGGUGAGCCGCUCCGCCACACUUGUCCUGGCCUUCCUCAUGAUCUACGAGAACAUGACUCUGGUAGAAGCCAUCCAGAUGGUGCAGGCCCACCGCAAUAUCUGCCCCAACUCAGGCUUCCUCAGGCAGCUCCAGGUCCUGGACAACCGACUGGGGAGGGAGCUGGGGCGGCUCUGACCUGGCAGGCAGCCAGGAGCCUGGCCCUCCAUCCAACAUGUCCGAUCCAAUCAGCCUGACCCUGGAGAUGGCAGCCUCUGCUAUCUCCAGCCCCGGAGAUGUAACCAGCAAGUAGGGGCUUGGCUGAGGCAGAGGCAGAAAUAGCUGGGUGGUGACCUUUAACACGUGGAUUUCCCUGACCCGAUCCAGAGAUUCUUUAUGCAAAAGUGAAUUCAGUCGGUCUCUAUAAUAAAAGGUUCAUCGUAAUAAAG